GGGAAAGAAGAAGCAGGGGGGUGGUUUGUAGGGACAGAAGGCUUGGAGGACGGUCUCAGUAUAUUGCCCUCUUUUCGGCAUUAUUCCCCUCCGCGCGUCUUUGUUCGAAUCCCAGUCAUUCUCGCGAAACAGAUGGUGUCCCGCUCGCGCUCCCCUCGGCCAAUCGCGUGUGCCAGAAUCAGCUGACUCGCGAGGACAGCGCCAGGUGCUCGAUCCCGUUAUUUUCUCCGUGUAGCGCGUGCUGCUUCCAGUGUGCACAGACAACCGGUGGCUCUUAAACUAAACCGACCAUGCGCUUUUCUACGGGGAAUCCGUGUGGACACAACGAAGCGGUACCCGAAUAAGACAUACUGCUGAAGCUUUCUCUUCGUAUGCAUCUCAGGAGCAACGUGAUACAAACAAACAAGUCUCAUAUCUCAUAUCUUCUGGAUUUUUUCCCUUGUUUGUUGACGUUUCGGUCUGGAAGGACACUGAAGGAGGAGGCCGGUGAACUGAGACGUGCACGCCAAAGAGACCCAAUUACACUGCCCUGAUAUUAGACUGUGUUGGAGACUACACAACCAACUGGGAAACUACUGCUUGGAAUUUCUGUGCCACUGACGUUUUUACAGGAUAAAGGAUUGAUGCAUGCCCACUUUUGAUCAGAGUGGCUAAAAAUGGCUAUAGUGACUGCAUACUGUCUUUCUCAGCCUUGCUUAAUUUUUUUGCUGGCAUUAUUUACAUUUUCAUCUGCUGAAGCUACAGAGUGUCCUCAAUUAUGUGUAUGUGAAAUCCGGCCGUGGUUCACACCUCAGUCUACCUACAGGGAAGCUAUAACUGUAGACUGCAAUGACCUUCGUCUUACACGCAUCCCUGGAAAUUUGUCAAGUGACACACAAGUUUUGUUGUUGCAGAGUAACUACAUUGCCAGGACCAGUGAGGAACUGGAGCAGUUGCUAAACCUGACUGAACUGGAUCUUUCCCAGAACAACUUUACCAAUAUUCGAGAUAUAGGCCUAACCAACAUGUCCCAGCUCACCACGCUCCAUCUGGAGGAGAACCAGAUUGUUGAGAUGCCUGACUUUAGCCUUCAGGAUCUUACAAACCUACAAGAGCUUUAUAUAAACCACAAUCAAAUUAGUUCCAUUGCUUCUAAUGCAUUUGCUGGUUUGCGCAACUUGCUAAGGCUACACCUGAAUUCCAACAAACUAAAAGCUAUUGAUAGUCGUUGGUUUGAAUCAACCCCCAACCUUGAGAUCCUUAUGAUUGGAGAAAAUCCUGUGGUUGGUAUAAUAGAUUUAAAUUUUAAACCUCUGGUUAACCUUAGAAGUCUGGUAUUAGCAGGGAUGGAACUUACUGAUAUACCAGGCAAUGCAUUUGUUGGACUGGACAAUCUUGAGAGCCUCUCUUUCUAUGAUAAUAAACUUGUGGAUGUUCCUCAAAAUGCUCUACAGAAACUACCAAACCUGAAAUUUUUGGAUUUGAACAAAAACCCUAUACACAAAAUCCAGGAAGGGGAUUUCAAAAAUAUGUUAAGGCUUAAAGAACUUGGUAUUAAUAACAUGGGAGAGCUUGUCUCUAUUGAUCAUUUUGCUCUGGAUAAUCUCCCAGAAUUGACCAAACUUGAGGCCACCAAUAACCCUAAGCUCUCAUACAUUAGCCGAUUAGCGUUCCGUGAUGUUCCAUCUCUUGAGAGUCUCAUGCUUAACAACAAUGCUCUAAACUCUGUUUAUCUGGCAACAGUAGAAUCCUUACCUAACCUGCGGGAGAUCAGCAUUCACAGCAACCCACUGCGGUGUGACUGUGUUAUCCAGUGGAUGAGUUCAAAUAAGACAACCGUACGAUUUAUGGAACCUCUUUCAAUGUUCUGUGCAAUGCCACCAGAGGUCAGAGGUCAGCGCAUGAGAGAGGCACUUUCACAUGAAUCUGCUGAGCAGUGCUUGCCAAUGAUAUCCCACGACACCUUCCCUAACCAUCUUAACCUGGAUAUUGGCAUGGCCAUAGACCUUGACUGUCGUGCAAUGGCGGAGCCUGAACCAGAGAUAUACUGGGUGACACCAUUAGGUAACAAGGUCAUGAUGGAUACUGUGUCUGAUAAGUACCAUCUGAAUAGUGCUGGAACACUACAUAUAUCAAACAUUCAGGCGGAUGAUUCUGGUCGUUACACCUGUGUUGCACAGAAUACAGAGGGCGCGGACACUCGGGUAACAGCAAUCCGGGUCAAUGGCACUCUCCUGGACAGCACUCAGCUUAUGAAAAUUUAUGUGAAACAGACAGAGUCUCACUCAGUACUGGUGUCCUGGAAGGUAAACUCCAAUGUAAUGACUUCUAACCUGAAGUGGUCAUCAGCCACCAUGAAGAUUGACAACCCCCAUAUCACCUACACAGCCAGAGUCCCUGUAGAUGUCCAUGAGUAUAAUCUGACACACCUUCAACCAGCUACUGAAUAUGAGGUCUGUCUCUCAGUUUCCAAUAUUCACCAACAGACUCAAAAGUCUUGUGUAAAUGUCACAACUAAACAUUCCACUUUUGCUGUGGAAAUAUCUGACCAAGGCACCAACACAGCUCUUGCUGCUGUCAUGGGUACAAUUCUGGCUAUCAUCAGCCUGGGGUUUAUCUCUGUCUAUAUUGCCAAGAGAUGGAAAAGGAAAAAUUACCACCACUCCCUCAAAAAGUACAUGCAGAAAACCUCUUCCAUUCCUCUUAAUGAGCUCUACCCUCCUCUCAUCAAUCUGUGGGAUGUAGACACUGAAAAGGACAAAGAUGGCUCCUUGGAGCCAAAGACAAGCCAGGUUGACACAACUAGAAGCUACUACAUGUGGUGAAGUCCAUCAAACUGUUGUUUUGGAGCACAAAGACACGUUUUACUUACUUGUGCAAAAGUGGGUUUAUUCUCCGCUUUGCUUAUUGGUAACGACCACACUGCCAGUCAAAAGUUUUUGAACAUGCAGAGUUUUUUUGGGAUGUCUUAUUCCAGUUUUACAAAAUUACAAAUUUUCAUUUUGCCUCAUUAUAAUGCUUUUUUUAAAGGCAUGUGCACUUGUUUGGUGAACCAGAUACUGCAAAACUGUAAACCUUUAUAACUUGUGCUACAAUUUGAAGUGAGCAUUGAGAUGAGGAUCCUGCAGAAAGAAGCCAAAUAAGCUGUGGGAACAGGUGGUUUUUAUUUUUAUGUGGGUGGGAGCAGGCAAUGAGUUAUGAAGCUCUCAGGAGAAAGCAAGAAGUUUAAUUGUGGUUUAAAUGACUGUUUAUAUAUUUUAGAAACAUCUAAGUUCAUGGAAAUAUUGUCUACGCAAAAAAAAAUAAAAUAAAUAAAAAGGUUUCUGUAGGAUUGUAAGAAUUUCUUUAGGAGUGGACAGGAGAAAAAAAAAACAAUCAUGCAAACA